GCUUAGCCCUGUCUUCCUAUGUAUAUAUAGUUAAAACAUGAUUGAAUAACUGCACGAAGGAUGGCUACUGAUGCUAAAGCGCAAGAGGAAAAGCGGUCAUUCCCACAUAAGUAUGAAGACAUUCUGAAAGAUUUUGGAAGUAACGACUCGUCCUCACCUGCAAAAGUCCCUUCGAAGGUCAAAUAUCCAGGAAUUUUCGACCAACCGAAAAAGAAAAGGUAUUGGGUUGAUAGGGAGGGCAACAACUGUUUUGUGCUGUAUGCAAGAGCUCUCACAAUCACUUUCGGUGAAGACGAUCGUUACUGGCGCUGGAACCCCGUGUACGCAGCCAGUUCUGUCUACGUUGAUGCUGCUGAACUGUUAGAUGUAUUAUCGCUAGAAGUGAAAGGGGAUUUUGAGACCGCAUACCUGACACCCGGAACUGUGUAUGAAGUUUCAUAUAUAAUCAUGAUGAAGGACCCAAAAUAUGGAUGGGAAGAUAAAGUCGAAUUCAGCGUCACUCCCCCUCAGAACCUGCAGAUUGUCCCGAGAAACUCUACACUUGAUCUGAGGACAAAAGGAAGAUGGUGGAGUUAUGUCCGAGUUGCCGAAUUUACAACAUCGCCUGGGCAAUCUGGCCGGAUGUAUUUUAUGCUCCGUCAAACUGUUGGGAAAUGGAAGAAAGGGCUUGUUAUCAAGGGUGUCGACAUUACUCCUAAAUAAGUUGCAGAGUACCCAGCAACUUCCCUUACGAGCAGA